AGCUACUGAUAGGCAUCUGGCACGUGUGCUCCUGUCAGUGAAGCAACUCUGUCUGUGCCCUGUCUGUCAGCUGUCCGUCACUGGGGUCUCUGUCAACACAGGGUGCUGCUGGUGGUCAGUGCUAGGGACACUGCAGACCUCUAGCCUGCUUCCUCCCCUGCCGGGCUGUCUGCUUGUGUGAGGGACAUUUCUACCUGAGCACAGCAGUGGGACAGAUGAGUGGAACGUUGCUUCCCACUCCGACAGGUGAACAGUAUCAAGGAUGUGGAAGAAGAUCUUGGCAGUGUUAGUUGGCCUGGUGAUUGGCUACUGGCUGUACGAUGACUUUGAUCCAGACACAUUGAAAGGUAAACGGGUAGUUAUAACUGGAGCAUCAACCGGUAUAGGAGAACAGAUUGCAUAUCACUAUGCAAGGUUUGGUGCCAAGAUUUUGAUCACUGCUCGACGAGAGGAGGUGCUCAAGCAGGUAGUAGCUCGAUGCAGACAAGUAGGCAGCACACAGGGGCAAUACGAGUACGUCACAGCUGACAUGAGCGAUAUGUCCGCCACACAGAACGUAAUACAGGAGGCAGAACGACGUCUUGGGGGAAUUGAUAUUCUGGUGCUGAAUCACAUCAUGGUAAUGCCCCUGGGGGAAUGGAAGGGCACGCCUCAAAACCUCUCAUCUCUGCAGCAUGUCUUUGAUGUCAACUUCCGUGCAUACGUCCACCUCACAUCACAUGCCUUCUCACAGCUGGAGAAAAACAGUGGCAGCGUUAUUGUUGUGUCAUCUUUUGCAGGGAAAGUGGCCAUCCCUUUUGUAGCUCCAUAUUCUGCCUCCAAGUUUGCGCUGGAUGGAUUCUUCAGUGCCUUGAGACAGGAGCUGAGGAUGAAAAACUGUGAUAUAUCUAUUACAUUAUGCAUCAUAGGAUUAGUAGGUACAGACAAUGCUAUGUCAAAGUUGAAGGAGUUCGGACAGGUGUUCUUGCUGAGCGUGAUGAAGCCCGCCACCCCCUCAGACACAGCCCUGGCCAUUGUGAAAGGGGGGCAGAGGCGUGUGAGGGAGAUCUACUUCCCCUACCUGGACGUCAGGAUACCAUACUUACUUAGAGACUGGCUACCCAACGCCAUAGAGUCUGUCAUACGCUACAUCUCAACACCCGCUCACUACAGGAGAUAGCCUGAAGUAUGUUACACACGACACUGCUACACCCUCUCACUACAGGAGAUAGCCUGAAGUAUGUUACACACGACACUGCUACACCCUCUCACUACAGGAGAUAGCCUGAAGUAUGUUAUACACGACACUGCUACACCCUCUCACUACAGGAGAUAGCCUGAAGUACGUUACACACGACACUGCUACACCCUCUCACUACAGGAGAUAGCCUGAAGUACGUUACACACGACACUGCUACACCCUCUCACUACAGGAGAUAGCCUGAAGUACGUUACACUGCGACACUGCUACACCCUCUCACUACAGGAGAUAGCCUGAAGUCGCGUUACACACGACACUGCUGCUACACCCUCUCACUACAGGAGAUAGCCUGAAGUACGUUACACACGACACUGCUACACCCUCUCACUACAGGAGAUAGCCUGAAGUAUGUUACACACGACACUGCUACACCCUCUCACUACAGGAGAUAGCCUGAAGUAUGUUACACACGACACUGCUACACCCUCUCACUACAGGAGAUAGCCUGAAGUAUGUUACACACAACACUGCUACACCCUCUCACUACAGGAGAUGGCCUUAAGUAUGUUACACACGACACUGCUACACCCUCUCACUACAGGAGAUAGCCUGAAGUAUGUUACACACAACACUACUACACCCUCUCAGUACAGGAGAGCUAUAUGGCAGCGGUCUGUAAAUAAUCGAGUCUGGACCAGACAAUCCAGGGAUCAACAGCAUGAGCAUCAAUCUGCACAAUUGGGAUAGGAUGACAUGUCUUAACUAAGUCAGCGAGCCUUAC